CCUUGACUGCUGCCACCUGAGCCGAGCUGCCUCUAAGGGCGGCCGGGAUCCCGUUGUGCCUUCUCUCGGUCCCUUCAGCAUCUUUCAGCGGCGCUGCUCCUGCUGACGAGGCAGGCGAGAAGAGCCAACCGCCUUCGCAAGCCUGCCGCCGCCGCCGCCGCCGCCUUGUCUCCCGUUCCCUUUUCUGGCCAGGCUGGCGUCGAGAGCGAACAGUUUCUCCGUCAGGGGGCGACGCACCCACUAGAGAGCGAAAGGAGGAGAGGAGGAGAAAGAGGAGGAGGAAGAGGGACCGAAGGCGGGCGCUCCUGGGUGACAAGCGGUCACAGGUGCUGCGGCCGCCUCUGAAUCACAGGAGAGGCGCCUUCGCGCCCCAACCAGCUGCCGCCGCCGCCGUCUCUGCCUCCCUCCGGGUGGCGGCUGCUGCUGCUGCUGCUGCCGCCGCUGCUGCUGUUGCCGCUGCCGCCGCCUCAGCCGACAGCUCUCGGAGGCGGCGCGCGCAGAAGUGUAGCGCGAGCCUAGCCGCUGCGCGCGCGCGCGCGCUCGAGAGAGAGACAGAGAGAGAGGGCGACCGAGCGAAAGCCUUGCGCCGCGGCGGAGCCUGUAAGUUGCUUGGUACUCCCGCCGCUGCCGCUGCUGGAACUGCUGCUUUUGCUGGACCAGCAGCGGCUUCGCUGCAACUGGCUCUUUUUGCAAGGCGUGGCUGUCCCUUGGAUGUAUUUUUUUUUCGCCGCUUUGCUGUUGCCGCACGGCUGUCGCUCAACCGGCAGAGAGAGGACGGGUGGGAGAGGACGGGAGCCCACUGCAAACGGGUUCAAAGCCAUGGCAAGACACUGAAUGACUGGCCGGGAGGGACGAGGACCAGACGGGCUCUCUCUCCCGCCCCUCACCCCCAUCCGGCCUGAGUUCUGAGAGAAAACAACGGAGCAUUCCAGCAGCCUCAGCCACCUUGAAGAAACAUACAUAAAAGCAACCCAGCUUCCAAAAUUUUGUCUGUGAGACAAAAUCAGUGGUGGUUUUAUGAAUGUUUUUAUGAAUGAUGCUGCAGUCAAAAAUGUGACAUAGCUUCAUGCUGUACACAAAAGGGUUGGCUGGAGACAAAAGGGUUGCUGGAGGAAAAUAAUUUGGACAUCUAGAGUACUUUGAAUCUUUCCUCCCCCCCACUUUUUUUUUUUUUUAACAAAGACAAAGUCUUCUCUUCCCAUAUAUUGCCCAAAGAUGCCAGCCAAGACACCCAUCUACUUGAAAGCUGACAACAACAAGAAAGGAAAGAAAUUCAAGCUGAGGGACAUUUUGUCUCCUGAUAUGAUCAGCCCACCUUUGGGUGACUUCCGUCACACAAUUCACAUUGGGAAAGAAGGACAACAUGAUGUGUUUGGAGACAUUUCUUUUUUGAAAGGAAAUUAUGAGCUUCUACCUGGGAACGAGGGAGAAACAGCAGCCAGCCAAUAUGAAGGACGCAAUGAGUUCCUAAGGGCAAAUAGCACUUCUGACUCAGUGUUUAUUGAAACCCCUUCUCCCGUCCUUAAAAAUGCCAUAUCGCUUCCUGCCAUCGGUGGUUCUCAAGCCCUUAUGUUGCCCUUGUUGUCACCGGUGACAUUUAAUUCAAAGCGGGACUCGUUGGGGCCACUGAGGAAUCCCAGGCAUAGUUGUGAGCCUGUAAUGGAAGAAAAGUUGCAGGAGAAGAGCAAACACUUGGAGAAUGGGAAAAUAUACAAAGAUGACAUCACAUGGAAGCAGAAAGCCCCAGCAUCAUAUUAUACUAAUGGAACAGAUAGCCAUUCAUCCAGUCAUUCAGAACAAUAUGCCAAAUGGCAAACAGAGGAGUUCCUUGACAGCCCCCAUCUUUCAUGUGAUCAAACCAAGAUGCAGCCUAAAUCAGACGACCCUUUUUCAGACCUGGCAGAACCGCUCCUUUCUUUGCAGCUUGACCUUGGGCCCUCACUUUUGGAUGAAGUACUCAGUGUAAUGGACAAAAACAAAUCAUAGAACUUGCUGCUUUCUGCCAUCUCAGUUUUAUUCAUAUAAGUACAUUUGAAAUGUGUAGACACCAUCCAUCCAAAGUUAAGCAAGUAAAGUUGCAAUCAAUGCACACUGUUUUGGCAAUAGUCUUACAGAGGUCUUUGCUCAUUAAUGAAAGGGUGUCAAACCUCUGCUGAUUUCACUGAGAAAAUGAAGCGAAUAUUUAAACCUCACCUAUUGAGAAUGCAUGGAAAAGAAAUAUGCUUAACCCUGGAUGGAUUGUGCCUUUUGUGUGUAUAUAAACAUUGGUUCUUUUUGCAAUUGACAUGUUUUCUAAAAACAAAUGACUUUAAACUAUUUUUUUACAUAUUUUUUAGCAUGGCAAAUGUCUUCAAAUGAGUACAUAUUUUAAUGACACAAUUUUCAGCUGUAUUAAAAUAUUUCUGUAAAACAAGAGAUAUCAAUGUAAUAUUUGAACUGACUCUGCAAAUCAGAAAGUGUUUGAUUCUGAAAGAUCCCAGGUAUGCGAUGCAGAAGAUUUAUGAAGUAAAGUAAUAAUAAUUAGUUCAAAAUUAUUUGUAUCUCCCCAGAAUGAUGAUACCCUUUUUACUAGUACUACUAUUACUGUUGUUGUUGUUAUUAGCAAUGUUUUUCAUUCUGGCUGCACUGUUAUUGUUUAGUGUUAAUGCAUAGUUCUAAGCUGAAAUGGGAAUGGCUUUUUCUGUUCAACUGUUAAGAGAAUUAUGUGUAGCCAAUACACACUGGUGCCACCGCAGUUAAGGGCACUUCCUGUGCAAGCUCUUAUGCCAAUAUAUUUUCAGUUCUAGACAAUCUGAAAAAAUAAACUGAAGUAAAAGCUGCAUUAUUUUAUGAGCUGAAAUCUAUUUCUGUGCACAUUACACUUUUAACAACUUCUACAAACAGAAAUACUUGUGAUUGCACCAGAGAACUGUGUUUUUUUUUUUGAGAAUCUGAGUAUAAACUGUAUAUUUGUGCGCAUUUGCAUAAAAUCCAUAUUUUGAUCUUUUAACCUUGUUCUUUCAGUUAUUAAUAUUGACAAGUGUUUAAGAUUUUGUGAUGGAUUCUUUUACAUUUUAGAAGGUAGCACCGACUAGUUACAAGGCUCAGAAGAGGUUGUGCUAGAGCAACUGGUGUUCAGGGAAUAUUGUGAUGUCCCUGAAUUGCAUAGAUAUUUUGUGCAAUACAGCAAAGAAUAAAUGUGUAAAAUCA